AUCAGCCGGAGAAUCAUCCCACACGGCCAAUGGGGGUGUAACAGCCGGGAGCCUCGCGCGGUCCACCGCCAACAUCUUCCGCGUUUUGUCAGCCAAGUCUCCGCGUCUCCACCCGGACACCCGCCGAAGCGAAGAGCCGUUCUAUUACUCUAUUAUUGGGGGGGCUUCUAGUCGCGCCCCCACUCUUGCGCCCUGCGUCUCCAUCUUCUUUCCGAGCAGCUGUCAAGGAAUGCGCGCGCCGGAACCUUACCGGAGCCGCACAGAGCCGGUGAGAAGGAGGCUCGAGAUGGAGGCAUGCACCGCUUCUCAGGGAUGAUUUAGGCGCUGCUGCAGCGAUGAGUAACCAGCUCCCCAACACCUCCAUCUCCAGCUGGGACGGACCAGAGGGGCGCAACUCCACCCCGUCCACCGAGCUGCUCCCGGUGCCGUUAACCGUUAACCCCUGGGACGUGGUCCUGUGCGUGACCGGCACCCUGAUGUCCUGUGAGAAUGCCCUGGUGUUGGCCCUGGUGGUGUCCACGCCCAGCCUGCGCGCCCCCAUGUUCCUGCUGAUCCUGAGCCUGGCUCUGGCUGACACGUUGGCCGGCCUGGGCCUCAUCCUCAACUUCACCAUCACCUACAUGCUGGACUCGGACCUGGUCACGCUGCUGGCGGCCGGCCUGCUCAUCACUGCCUUCUCCGCCUCGGUGCUCAGCAUCCUGGCCAUCACCGUGGACCGCUACCUGUCUCUGUACAACGCGCUGACCUACCACACGGAGCGCACGGUCAUCUUCACCUACGCUGUGCUGGUGCUCAUCUGGCUGACGAGCCUGACGCUGGGCUCGCUCCCGGUCCUGGGUUGGAACUGCCUGGAGGACGCCGGCGCCUGCAGCGUGUUCAGGCCGGUGGAUAAGAACCACGCGGCGGCGCUGGCGGUGGCGUUCCUGCUGGUGCUGGCUCUGAUCCUGCAGCUGUACCUCCAGAUCUGCAGGAUCGCUUUCCGCCACGCGCAGCAGAUAGCCGUGCAGCAGCAGUUCAUGAGCGCCGCGCACGCCUCGUCCACCACCAAGGGCGUGUCCACUCUGUCGGCGAUCCUGGGCGUGUUUGCGGCGUGCUGGGUGCCGCUGGCGUUGUACUCCCUGGUGGCCGACACACGCUACCCGCCUGUCUACACCUACCUGGCGGCGCUGCCCGCCAUCUGCCACUCCAUUAUCAACCCCGUCGUCUACGCCUUCCGCAACCCGGACAUCCAGAAGGGUCUGAGGCUGGCGUGCUGCGGGUGCUCCUCUUCCCGCUUCUCCAUGCGGCCCCGCACGCCCAGCGACGUCUAGACCACCAGGACCACCAGGACCCCAGCCAUGUCUAGACCACCAGGACCCCCCAGACAUGUGUAGACUACCAAGACCACCAGGAUUCCACACAUGUCUAGACCACCAGGAUUCCACACAUGUCUAGACCACGAGGACCACCAGGAUCCCCAGACAAGACUCUGCUCCUCCUCCAGCUUCUCACUGUGGCCCAGCCUGUCUUCCUGUGUUUCGAGUCCACAUGGGGCUCCACUGUGGGACAUAGCUGAAUGGAGGGAUUAGUGACUGUGGGACCUGCAAUGAUGACAUUGUCUGUGGAUGAAUCAGAUGAUGUUGCUAAUGAUGUUGCGUUUUUCUUAAUUUAGAAGUCUGAAGACUAGAGGUCUCUAAUCAGGCCAUAAAGGAGCACUAUCCCACCACCCCAACAACUCCCCCCACACACACGGUAAGGCAGAAGGGUG